AUGACUGAGACUCAGAAGCUCCCCGUCUUCGCGCCGCCCGGCUUCCUAGACUACCCUCACCGGCAACUGCCCCCACCUAUCCAACUCAAACCGCUGGAAAUCCCCUCAGACGCUGUACCACCGCGGAUGGAUUACCAGUUUCGAUCGCCCAUCAACCACCUUCCUUCAAUCUACCCAGGGCCGCCUCCUCGACACGACUACCAUCAGCCACCACCGCCUCCACCACCCCCACCACCAUCGCACAGGUCCGCCGCGCCGUUCGACAAGCUACUCCACCCGUACACGCCGUCUCGAUUAGAUCCACCGUACUCUCCCCGCCAAUACGGACAUUCGACAUCACCUCGCUCGGAGUUUGAUCGUAGAGGAUCAACAAGGCCAACGGAUCAUCGAUAUUCGUAUGAAGAAUCCCGACCAGUACAUCAUCAACUCCACCAAGACCAGUCGUAUGCGCCUCUUGCGUCUCCAAUCGAACCUCCCCGACCAAGAACAUACGGUUCGAUAUCAUCGCCAGGCUAUGCGCCAAACUAUGCGUCGAGCAGCGCGCCAUUCAGGGGGUCUGUCGACUCCCACUCGCAUUCACAACGAGCGUUGCCACCCUCCGGACCAAUAGCCUACUCUGCACCUACUCUUGCGGCACCUCCGCCCCGGAAAGAGCCCCGGACAGUCCGACUGCCUGGGUCUAUACCACAACCUGUAUACAAUGAACAAUUAAAUCUCAACUAUGAACUUCGCGUGCGACAGCAGCCCAUAGCAGCCAGAGCGUGCGGGUUUGGGGAACGUGAUCGCAGAGUCAUUGACCCUCCACCAAUCAUCCAACUCCUAGUCACAGACCCAAAGACUGGCGUUGCUGAACAGGAAGAGCUACGGUACUCGCUUAACGUGGUGCACUGCACCCUCUGGAAUGCAGACGGGACGAACGAGGAGACAGCGCUGAUUCAACCCGACCGACGAACGACGCGAAGAUUGAUGGGGCAGCUGGUAGCGUCACCCUCGGUUGCAAAGGACGAGCACGACAAUGAGGGUUGCUUCUUCUGCUUCCCAGAUCUGUCUUGUCGCACAAAUGGCAAGUACCGUUUGCGGUUUGUGCUGAUGCGAAUCGAUCCUGUAAACUUGCACGUUGGAGGGUUCUCGCCUAUCCUCACAGAGGUAAUGAGCGACGUGUUCACCGUCUACACGGCCAAAGACUUCCCGGGCAUGCGACCCAGUAGCGCUCUUACUCGAGCGCUGAAGCUGCAGGGCUGCAAUAUCCAGGUCAAAAAGGGCAACGAGAAGGCUUUGCAGCGCAAACGACUCACUAGCAGCCAAGAGCAUGAUACACACGAGGAGGAGAUGAAGCGACAACGCCGGAUGUAG